GAGUGGCGGCGCGGCGGGGACCGAGAGCUGCGGGCGGGCUGGAGGUACCCCACCGCGGGGUGGUGCUCUGACUGCGGGAACCGUUGAAGAGCUGCCCCCGGGGAGUCAGCGAGGCGCCACUGGUCUCUUAGACAUCUUCUCAAGAUUAUGCUAAGAGAAAUGACUGCACCCUUUUCCUGAGCUAUGGCAGUCAGACCUGGCAGUGGUAACUACUCUACAGAACUCCCAAGCCUGGCAAGGAUGGUGCAGAUAUUGCCAGAUUAUGGCUUUGUCCCCACCCAGCACUGAUGAUAUUAUGAAACCUAUACUCAAGAAGUGAUAAUGGAAGUUCUUCAACUGAGCAAGAAAUGAUAUUAACAGAAAACUUGGAUCUUCAGGAGCAAAUGAAGAACAUCAGAAAUGACAAACGGAGUCUCUCUCUCUGUGUGCUGAGUCACCUGGAACUGGGGGCAUGGUGAUGCAAGCACCCUUCUAGCCACCACUACUGUUACUGCAGUGGGUCAGACCUGAAGCCAGCACAGCAAUGGGCCUUGCCCAAGGACCUUUCCUUCAGGGUGGCGAGUUCCUCCAGGUCCCCGGCAUAUCCAGAGAUGCUGUCUGGGAGUCAAGGAUUGGAGUCAAAAACUUUAGAAAUUUACAGCCAGAAACAGCUGCUGAGAAGAGAUGACUAAAAGCUGAAAAGUGAAGAAUUAACACUGAUUUCUUGGCAGAAGCAGAAGCUUCAGGACUCCUGAAUUGAGGGAAUGAUCUAAAUUCCAAGGAUUAUCUCUCAGUGAGAACAAGCAACUUUCAUUGUUAGAGAGAGGAGAGAGAGAGAAGCCUUGUUGGUUGACGUCACUUGGUUCAUGAAGCCUUCGCCUAGAAGUGAAGCUGCUGAACAAACCUUGAGAAGAAUCAUCUCCUGCUUCAAUCUGCUGCUGGAUAGGAACUAAUCAGAGAGAGAGAGGCGGAAGACGGAGAAGGAGGGAGUCGAAGGCUUUCCCGAUCACAAAUCUCACCUCCACUACAACUCUCUUUAUACUUUUCUUGCAGAAAUAAUAAUAGAAAUAAGGAGGUGGUGGGGUUUCCAAAAAUCUUAACCUUCAACCAUCUGGGGAAAAGGCAAAAAUCCCAUCUACCGCAACUCUCAGUUCGAGAGUAAAGGUUUCCCAACAGUGAUGUCACAAGAUUGACCACAUUGAUCACAAAACAGGGUCUUGCUCAGUCACCCAGGCUGGACUACAGUGGCACAAUCAUAGCUCACUGGAACCUCAAACUCCUGGCCUCAAGCAAUCCUUCCACCUAGGCCUCCCAAAGCAUGGAAGUUACAGAUAUGGAGUCUGGAGAACGGUUACCAUCCUCAGCAGCCUCCUCUACUACACCAACUUCAUCUUCGACACCUUCUGUGGCUUCAGUAGUUUCAAAAGGUGGCCUUUCCACUGGAGUUGCUUCACUUAGCUCUACAAUCAACCCAUGUGGACAUUUAUUCAGAACCGCUGGGGAUCAACCGUUUAACCUGUCCACAGUGUCGAGUGCCUUCCCAAUGGUCAGCCACCCAGUCUUUGGUCUACAUUCAGCCAGCUCAGGGCAUUCAGAAUUUGGUGGUUUGGGGACACUUGGUACACCCACAGCCUUAGCCGCACAUCCCCAACUAGCAUCUUUUCCAGAAUGGUGGCGAACAACUGAUGCUCAUACUCGUACAGGAGCAACCUUCUUUCCACCAUUACUGGGAAUUCCACCACUAUUUGCUCCCCCAGCCCAGAAUCAUGAUUCUUCUUCAUUCCAUUCAAGGACUUCGGGAAAAAGUAAUCGAAAUGGUCCCGAAAAAGGUGUAAAUGGGUCAAUAAAUGGAAGUAAUACAUCAUCUGUAAUUGGUAUCAAUACAUCUGUACUAUCCACUACUGCUUCAAGUUCCAUGGGACAAACUAAAAGUACAAGCUCAGGUGGAGGAAAUCGAAAAUGUAAUCAGGAACAAAGCAAAAACCAGCCUUUGGAUGCUAGAGUUGACAAAAUCAAAGAUAAGAAACCAAGGAAGAAAGCAAUGGAAAGUUCUAGCAACAGUGAUAGUGAUUCAGGCACAUCAUCAGACACCUCAAGUGAAGGCAUUAGUAGUAGUGAUUCAGAUGAUCUAGAAGAAGAUGAAGAAGAAGAAGAUCAAAGUAUUGAAGAAAGUGAAGAUGAUGAUUCUGAUUCAGAGAGUGAAGCACAACAUAAAAGUAACAACCAGGUGCUAUUACAUGGUAUUUCAGACCCAAAAGCAGAUGGACAGAAAGCAACUGAAAAAGCCCAGGAAAAAAGAAUACACCAGCCAUUACCUCUUGCGUCUGAAUCCCAGACUCACUCAUUCCAAUCCCAGCAGAAGCAGCCUCAGGUUUUGUCACAGCAGCUUCCAUUUAUUUUCCAAAGCUCUCAGGCAAAGGAGGAAUCUGUGAACAAACACACCAGUGUAAUACAGUCUACGGGAUUGGUGUCCAAUGUGAAACCUUUAUCUUUGGUAAAUCAAGCCAAAAAGGAAACUUACAUGAAACUCAUAGUUCCUUCUCCUGAUGUUCUUAAAGCAGGGAAUAAAAAUACCUCUGAAGAAUCUAGUUCAUUGACCAGUGAAUUGAGAUCCAAACGGGAACAAUAUAAACAGGCAUUCCCAUCACAGUUAAAGAAACAAGAGUCAUCGAAGAGCCUGAAGAAGGUUAUUGCAGCUUUGUCAAAUCCAAAAGCAACCUCUAGUUCACCAGCACAUCCAAAACAAACAUUAGAAAACAACCACCCAAAUCCAUUCUUGACAAAUGCACUUUUAGGUAAUCACCAACCAAAUGGAGUUAUUCAAAGUGUCAUUCAAGAAGCUCCUCUAGCACUUACUACCAAAACUAAAAUGCAGAGCAAGAUUAAUGAAAACAUUGCUGCUGCAAGUAGCACCCCUUUUUCCUCACCUGUAAAUUUGAGUACAAGUGGGAGAAGAACCCCUGGCAAUCAGACACCUGUAAUGCCCUCUGCCUCUCCCAUCCUGCAUAGUCAAGGGAAGGAAAAAGCAGUUAGCAAUAAUGUAAACCCAGUAAAAACACAGCAUCACUCCCAUCCUGCAAAAUCUUUAGUGGAACAAUUCAGAGGAACAGAUUCAGACAUUCCCAGUAGUAAAGAUUCUGAAGAUUCAAAUGAGGAUGAAGAGGAAGAUGAGGAAGAAGAUGAGGAAGAUGAUGAAGAUGAUGAAUCUGAUGACAGCCAAUCAGAAUCAGAUAGUAAUUCAGAAUCAGAUACAGAAGGAUCAGAAGAAGAAGAUGAUGAUGAUAAAGACCAAGAUGAAUCAGAUAGUGAUACUGAAGGAGAGAAAACUUCAAUGAAACUGAAUAAAACAACUUCCUCUGUCAAAAGCCCUUCCAUGAGUCUCACAGGUCACUCAACACCUCGUAACCUCCACAUAGCAAAAGCCCCAGGCUCUGCUCCUGCUGCCUUAUGUUCUGAAUCCCAGUCACCUGCUUUUCUUGGUACAUCUUCUUCCACACUUACUUCAAGCCCACACUCUGGCACUUCCAAAAGAAGAAGAGUAACAGAUGAACGUGAACUGCGUAUUCCAUUGGAAUAUGGCUGGCAGAGAGAGACAAGAAUAAGAAACUUUGGAGGGCGCCUUCAAGGAGAAGUAGCAUAUUAUGCUCCAUGUGGAAAGAAACUUAGGCAGUACCCUGAAGUAAUAAAGUAUCUCAGCAGAAAUGGAAUAAUGGAUAUCUCAAGGGACAAUUUCAGCUUCAGUGCAAAAAUAAGAGUGGGUGACUUCUAUGAAGCCAGAGAUGGACCGCAGGGAAUGCAGUGGUGUCUUUUGAAAGAAGAGGAUGUCAUUCCUCGUAUCAGGGCAAUGGAAGGUCGUAGAGGAAGACCACCAAAUCCAGACAGACAACGAGCAAGAGAGGAAUCCAGGAUGAGACGUCGGAAAGGUCGACCUCCAAAUGUUGGCAAUGCUGAAUUCCUAGAUAACGCAGAUGCAAAGUUGCUAAGAAAACUGCAAGCUCAAGAAAUAGCCAGGCAAGCAGCACAAAUAAAGCUUUUGAGAAAACUUCAAAAGCAGGAACAGGCUCGGGUUGCUAAAGAAGCCAAAAAACAACAAGCAAUAAUGGCUGCUGAGGAGAAGCGGAAGCAAAAAGAACAGAUAAAGAUUAUGAAACAGCAGGAAAAAAUUAAGAGAAUACAGCAAAUCAGAAUGGAAAAAGAACUUCGAGCUCAGCAAAUUCUAGAGGCUAAAAAGAAAAAGAAGGAAGAAGCGGCAAAUGCCAAAUUAUUGGAGGCCGAGAAACGAAUAAAGGAAAAAGAAAUGAGAAGACAACAAGCUGUUCUUCUGAAACAUCAGGAGUUGGAGAGGCAUAGACUAGAUAUGGUAUGGGAACGAGAGCGAAGGCGACAACACAUGAUGCUUAUGAAAGCUAUGGAAGCUCGUAAAAAAGCAGAAGAAAAAGAACGGUUGAAGCAAGAAAAACGUGAUGAGAAAAGAUUAAAUAAAGAGCGUAAACUAGAGCAGCGAAGAUUAGAAUUAGAAAUGGCAAAGGAACUAAAGAAGCCUAAUGAAGACAUGUGCUUAGCAGACCAAAAGCCUUUGCCAGAGUUGCCUCGUAUUCCAGGACUUGUUCUCUCUGGAAGUACAUUUUCAGACUGUCUCAUGGUGGUGCAGUUCUUACGAAACUUUGGUAAAGUUUUGGGCUUUGAUGUGAAUAUUGAUGUUCCAAACCUGAGUGUUCUUCAAGAGGGAUUGCUAAAUAUAGGGGACAGCAUGGGUGAAGUACAAGACUUGCUUGUGAGGCUCCUCUCAGCUGCUGUAUGUGAUCCAGGUCUAAUAACAGGAUACAAGGCUAAAACAGCUCUUGGAGAACAUUUGCUGAAUGUUGGUGUGAAUCGAGACAAUGUUUCCGAGAUUUUACAGAUAUUUAUGGAAGCCCACUGUGGACAAACUGAGCUUACUGAAAGUCUGAAGACCAAAGCUUUUCAGGCUCACACUCCAGCACAGAAAGCUUCAGUCCUGGCUUUCCUGAUCAAUGAACUGGCAUGCAGCAAGAGUGUGGUUAGUGAAAUCGACAAGAACAUUGAUUAUAUGUCAAACUUGAGGAGAGAUAAAUGGGUGGUAGAAGGUAAACUCCGCAAGCUCAGAAUCAUUCAUGCUAAGAAAACAGGCAAAAGAGACACUUCAGGUGGCAUUGAUCUGGGAGAAGAGCAACAUCCCUUGGGCACACCCACUCCAGGACGCAAGCGAAGAAGGAAGGGAGGAGACAGUGAUUAUGACGAUGAUGAUGACGAUGACAGUGAUGACCAAGGGGAUGAAGAUGAUGAGGAUGAAGAAGAUAAAGAAGACAAAAAAGGAAAAAAGACUGAUAUCUGUGAAGAUGAGGAUGAAGGUGACCAAGCAGCAAGUGUUGAAGAGCUGGAAAAACAGAUUGAAAAACUGAGUAAACAACAGAGUCAGUACAGAAAGAAGCUCUUUGAUGCCUCUCACUCAUUGCGUUCAGUGAUGUUUGGCCAGGAUCGUUACAGACGCCGGUACUGGAUUCUUCCCCAAUGUGGGGGGAUUUUUGUAGAAGGCAUGGAGAGUGGUGAAGGACUAGAAGAAAUUGCAAAAGAAAGAGAAAAACUGAAAAAGGCAGAAAGUGUCCAGAUCAAAGAAGAAAUGUUUGAGACUUCUGGGGACAGUUUAAAUUGUUCAAAUACAGAUCACUGUGAACAAAAGGAAGAUCUUAAAGAAAAAGAUAACACAAAUCUAUUCCUUCAGAAACCUGGCUCUUUUUCCAAAUUAAGCAAGCUUUUGGAAGUAGCUAAGAUGCCUCCUGAGUCAGAGGUUAUGACCCCCAAACCAAAUGCUGGUGCAAAUGGGUGCACGUUGUCUUAUCAGAACAGUGGAAAACAUUCACUGGGCAGCGUUCAGUCAACAGCAACGCAAAGCAAUGUGGAAAAGGCAGACUCUAAUAAUCUGUUUAAUACUGGUUCAAGUGGUCCAGGGAAGUUCUACAGUCCUCUCCCCAAUGACCAGUUACUAAAAACGCUGACUGAAAAGAAUAGACAAUGGUUUAGUCUUUUGCCACGAACACCCUGUGAUGACACUUCACUUACUCAUGCCGAUAUGUCAAUUGCUUCUUUGGUGACUCCUCAGUCUCAGCCACCAUCUAAGUCACCUUCACCUACCCCAGCUCCUCUUGGAUCUUCUGCUCAGAAUCCUGUUGGCUUAAAUCCAUUUGCUUUAUCACCUCUUCAGGUGAAAGGUGGAGUAUCUAUGAUGGGACUUCAGUUUUGUGGAUGGCCCACUGGUGUGGUUACUUCUAAUAUUCCAUUUACAUCAUCUGUACCUAGUCUAGGAUCGGGGUUAGGGUUAUCAGAAGGAAAUGGUAAUUCAUUCUUGACUUCCAAUGUUGCUUCAAGUAAAAGUGAAUCUCCAGUAUCACAGAAUGAAAAGGCCACUUCAGCUCAACCUGCAGCUGUUGAAGUAGCAAAACCAGUAGAUUUUCCUAGUCCAAAACCUAUUCCAGAAGAAAUGCAGUUUGGUUGGUGGAGAAUUAUUGACCCAGAGGACCUAAAAGCUUUGCUCAAAGUGCUGCAUCUCAGAGGAAUAAGAGAAAAGGCAUUACAAAAACAAAUUCAGAAACAUUUGGAUUAUAUUACUCAAGCCUGCCUCAAGAAUAAGGAUGUUGCUAUUAUUGAACUGAAUGAAAAUGAAGAAAACCAAGUAACUCGAGAUAUUGUGGAGAACUGGUCAGUAGAAGAACAAGCAAUGGAAAUGGAUUUGAGUGUCCUUCAACAGGUAGAAGAUCUAGAAAGGAGAGUUGCAUCAGCAAGUUUGCAAGUGAAGGGUUGGAUGUGUCCAGAGCCUGCAUCAGAAAGGGAGGACUUGGUAUAUUUUGAACAUAAGUCAUUUACUAAAUUGUGCAAGGAGCAUGAUGGAGAAUUUACUGGCGAAGACGAAAGCAGUGCACAUGCACUAGAACGGAAGAGUGACAACCCCCUAGAUAUAGCUGUAACCAGGCUGGCUGAUUUGGAGCGGAACAUUGAAAGAAGGUAUCUGAAGAGCCCCUUAAGUACCACCAUUCAGAUCAAACUGGAUAAUGUGGGCACAGUUACUGUCCCUGCUCCUGCACCAUCCGUUAGUGGUGAUGGUGACGGAAUUGAAGAGGAUAUUGCUCCAGGGCUCAGGGUAUGGAGAAGGGCAUUAUCAGAAGCUCGCAGUGCUGCACAGGUAGCUCUGUGCAUUCAGCAAUUACAGAAAUCAAUAGCAUGGGAAAAAUCAAUUAUGAAAGUUUACUGCCAAAUCUGUCGAAAGGGAGAUAAUGAAGAACUGCUUCUUCUUUGUGAUGGCUGUGACAAAGGCUGUCAUACCUACUGCCAUAGACCCAAGAUUACAACAAUCCCAGAUGGAGACUGGUUUUGUCCAGCUUGCAUUGCUAAGGCAAGUGGUCAAACUCUAAAAAUCAAAAAACUUCAUGUCAAAGGAAAAAAGACUAAUGAGUCAAAGAAAGGCAAGAAGGUAACUUUAACAGGAGAUACUGAAGAUGAAGACUCUGCAUCUACAAGUAGUUCACUAAAAAGAGGAAACAAAGACCUCAAGAAAAGAAAAAUGGAGGAAAACACUUCCAUUAACUUGUCAAAACAAGAAAGUUUUACUUCAGUUAAGAAACCUAAAAGAGAUGACUCCAAGGACCUAGCUCUUUGCAGUAUGAUUCUGACUGAAAUGGAAACUCAUGAGGAUGCAUGGCCUUUUCUACUUCCUGUAAACUUGAAACUUGUUCCUGGUUAUAAGAAAGUUAUUAAGAAGCCUAUGGAUUUUUCCACAAUUAGAGAGAAACUAAGUAGUGGACAGUAUCCAAACCUUGAAACCUUUGCUCUAGAUGUCAGGCUUGUUUUUGACAACUGUGAAACAUUUAAUGAAGAUGAUUCUGAUAUAGGCAGAGCUGGCCACAAUAUGAGGAAGUAUUUUGAAAAAAAGUGGACAGAUACUUUCAAACCACUAUGUUAUGAGGAUGCUUUAGCAGCCCAGCCCUAUGGAGCAGCCAAUAGCUACCACCAGCUUACCAGCCCUGUGACUGAGGCAUCUUAGAAGUGGAUCCUUCAGCCCAAGUUAAACAUUCAGAUGACCGGAGCCCCAGCCAACAUCUCGACUGAAACUUCAUAAGCAACCCUGAGCCAGAACUAUCCAGCUAAGCCACUCCUGAUUUCUUGACCCACAAAAACUAUGAGAUAAUAAAUGUUUAUUGUUGGUUUAAA